GUUAACAUGUUUAUCUAACUUUACCUUACGUGAACAGGUAAAUCAAUGUAAUUUAGGUUGAGCGUCAGUUUGCCUUUGGAUUUUUGAUAAUGUAUGUGUCAUAAAUCAAGAUCACAGUUUUCAGACUGUUUGGGCUUGAAUUUGCAGUUUUCAAUUGUAUUACGCAGACGUGCUUUGAAAUGGCACAUAUUAAACUGACGCAAAGCUAUUUAGAAAAUACAGUGCAUUUUCCAAAGGAUGGACUAAACUCAAUUAAGGACAUUUUAGAAUUCCGCGCUAGGGAUGCCGGAGAGGACGAAGUGAUUGUGUUUGCAGCAGUUGACGGAUUUGCAAGACAGGCUGUGACAUACAAGGAGCUGUUUAAAAAAUCAUGUCAAGUGGCGAGAUCACUAAUUGCAUUAGGUAUAAAACCAACCGAGGUAGUAGCGAUCAAUGUGCGCAGCUGUCCAGAAUGGCUCUUUUUUGUGUACGGAGCAAUGCUAGCCGGCAUCAUUCCCGUUGGUGUAUCUUUUACAUAUGCCGAUGGUAGUGACGUUCUUGAGCUCAUGGAGAAGUUAGAAAGAUGUGCGCUUUUGUUUGCGGAUCCAGGUGUCGAUUCAGAAAACUGGCGAGUCAUACAAAAACUGGUUGACUAUUUUCAUGAGGAUGGCUCCGCAAAAAGUUCCAAGAUGCCUUAUUUAAGGUAUUUGAUUGGACAUGAGGUCGAUACGAAUGUCAUGACAGGUGUUAUGAGUUUUGCCAAAUUCAUGGAAGAAGACAACACUAACAUUGCCAUUCCUGACUUGCCAGACACUGCAACUGCAUUUCUUUUCCAAACAUCUGGCAGUACUGGCGCUCCAAAGUUGGUUGCGCACAGCCACAAAAUGUUUAUGUCGUUUAGGCAAUUCAAAAUGCCUUACUCUGACAGAAGUUUGAUACUUUUCAAUGACCGACCUUUCACCUGGGCAGGUGGUUUUCCAUACAGCCCGAUUCUUGGUAGACGACGUGUCACAACACACGGUUUUGCAAAGUUUCCGAUCGAAUCCAAGUUUAACACGAUUGUCAAGUGUAUUCAGCAGGAGAAUUGCACAGCGAUGUACGCACUGCCACCAUUUGUCCACGAACUGAUAUCGAAGCGGAAUGAGCUUCCGACACCGUGGCCUGUGAAAUACCUACUAACUGGCGGUCAACCGAUGACAAAGCAGUUAGCAGAAUGCGUUUCCGGUGUUUGCCAAAAUUUUGUUUGCACAUAUGGUUGUACUGAAUUGCCGCCCCUGGUAACGGGUAUUACUAAAAACAAAGACGAUUUCACUGAAUUUUCAUGUGGAACAAUUAAUGAUGGAGAGAAAAUAGCAAUGAAGAUCGUUGAUGAUAGCUUCAACAUUGUGCAAUGCAAUGCAGUUGGCGAAAUCUAUCUUAAAUCAGAGAUUCUAUUCCUGGGUUAUUUCAACGACACUGAAAAGACGUCAUCAGUUAUGACAGAAGACGGUUGGUUCAAGACAGACGACUUGGGAAGGAUGACAAUAGAUGGACAAUUGUUCGUUUUAGGUCGAAAAUCAAAUAUGAUAAUAUCUGGUGGGAUGAACGUAGCGCCCGAAAUCUUGGAAAGAGUAUUAAAUAAUUGUCCCGGUGUCGCAUCAUCAGUGAUAGUACCCGUGCCAGACCAGACGUACUACCAACAACUAUGCGCUUGUAUUGUCAAACAAAAGGACUAUUCUCUUACCGAAGAGCAACUCAGGAACUUUUGCGUCACUUUUCAUAAUGACAAGCCAAGGCUUUUCACUGUCCUUCCUAAGUUUUAUCUUUUCUUUGAUAAAUUUCCACAGACAUUAACUGGAAAGGUUUCGCGCAAAGCACUAACGGCUAUGGUAGGACAAAUGCUGAAUACUACAGAAAAGGUGUAAGAAUUUUGCCUGGUUUGGAGAGAAUUGCUUCUUUUUGACAAUAAUGACAAACCUUGGCUACUAUUUUACUAUUUUAAAUCGGUGAGUAAAAAUGAAGAACAUACUAUUUAUGGACAAGUUCAGGAACCUGCAGUAUAAAACGUAGCCAAGUUAUCAAUCAUUGGUUAUAUGUCGGCUAGUCUGCACAUUUCAAUGAUUUAAUUGGUUAACAAAACUGAUCGAAUAAAUAUUGACCAAACA